UGCGGCUCGGCGUAGCGGCUCGGCGGGCGCGGAGCCGCCGCGGUUCCCCCCGCGCUGAAGGGCAGGCGACAGCGACCCGCCAUGGAGAAGGCAGCGGCCGCGGAGCUCCGUCAGGGCGCGCUGGCGCCGCUCACUGCUAUCUGCCUGGUGAAUCUCUUCCUGACUGGGAAAAUAGAAAGUGCUGUUACCUCAUUAGCUGCUUGCAGUGGAGAGCUGGAACAGCACACAGAGAGACGGGGAGUCAUCUACAGCCCUUCCUGGCCAUCCAACUACCCUCCAGCCAUAAACUGCAGCUGGUACAUCCAAGGAGAUCAUGGAGACAUGAUAACAAUUAGCUUCAAGAACUUUGAUUUGGAAGACUCUCAGAAGUGUGCAGUAGACUGGUUGAUGAUUGGCCCAUCUUCCAAGAGGGAGGAGUACAAAGUGUGUGGAUCUUCUAUACCUCCAUCUUUCAUCUCUGCAAGGGACCAUGUGUGGAUAUUUUUUCACUCAGAUGCAUCAAGCUCAGGACAGGCUCAGGGAUUUCGCCUUUCUUAUAUUAGAGGAAAGAUAGGUCAGGCUGCGUGCCAGUCAGAUGAAUUCCACUGUGCAAAUGGGAAGUGUAUUCCCAGUACCUGGAAGUGUAAUUCCAUGGAUGAGUGUGGUGAUAGCUCAGAUGAGAAGAAUUGCACUGUCCCCCCAACAGACCCUCCAUCCAGCAUCUGCCCCUCAGGAAUGUUCCAGUGCAGCACAGGGCACUCCACCAAAUGCUUGCCAAAUGAGCUGAGGUGUAAUUCAGUUAAAGACUGUGGGGAUGGUUCUGAUGAAGAUAAUUGUCCUGAUCUUUCCUGUGGCAAAAGGCUGGGGAAUUUUUAUGGAUCUUUUGCUUCCCCAGACUUGUUCCGUGCAGACCACAGCAGGUCAGACCUUCGCUGCACGUGGUACGUGGACACGCAGGACAACCGGCACGUGCUGCUGCAGCUCGACCUGCAGCUGGGCUACAAUGACUAUGUGAAGGUGUAUGAUGGCAUUGGAGAGAGAGGUGAUAAAUUAAUGCAGACAUUCUCACACCACAACAACAGGCACUCUGUGAGUGUGGAGUCGUCCAAGGGCCAGCUCACUGUCUCGUACCAUGCCCGCUCCAAGAGCACUGGCCAUGGAUUCAAUGCAACGUAUCAGGUGAAAGGGUACUGCCUGCCUUGGGAGCACCCUUGUGGAAGUGAUGAGGAGUGUUUCACAGAUAAGCAGCAUUGUGAUGGCUGGUGGCAUUGUCCCAAUGGCAAGGAUGAGGAGAACUGUCCUGCUUGCCAGAAGAAUGAAUACCCAUGUGAAGGAAACAGUGGGCUUUGCUACUCAAUACUUGACCGCUGUAAUAACCAGAAGAACUGUCCAGAUGGCUCAGAUGAAAAAAACUGCUUUACUUGCCAGCCAGGAAAUUUCCAUUGUGGGACAAAUCUGUGCAUCUUUGAGACCUGGCGCUGUGAUGGGCAAGAGGACUGCCAGGAUGGAAGUGAUGAGCGUAACUGCCUGGUGAUCGUCCCCAGGAAGGUCAUCACAGCUGCCCUCAUUGGCAGCCUCGUGUGUGGCUUGCUGCUAGUCAUAGCACUGGGUUGUGCAUUUAAAUUAUAUUCUCUGAGGACCAGGGAGUACAGAGCCUUUGAGACUCAGAUGACACGGCUGGAGGCGGAGUUUGUGCGGAGGGAAGCUCCACCUUCCUACGGCCAGCUGAUUGCACAAGGACUCAUCCCCCCCGUGGAAGACUUCCCUGUCUACAAUGCAUCACAAGCCUCCGUGCUGCAGAACAUCCGCACGGCCAUGCGCAGGCAGAUGCGGCGCCACUCCUCACGGCGCAGCUCGUCCCGCCGGCGCCUGGGCCGCCUCUGGAGCAGGCUCUUCCACAGGCCCCGGGUGAGAGGACAGAUCCCCCUGCUGACACCUGCCCGCACCUCGCAGACCACCCUGGGGGAUGGCAUCAUCAGCAGUGCUGCUGGGACUGCUCGGAGCCCUCCCCCUUCCCCAGCAGCACCCGGCUCCGAGGCCAAUGGCCAGGCCAGGGCCCCACAAGAAGCUGGAUGUAGCAGCCUGCAGCCAGAGACUGAAAUCACAGAGCCAUCGCCUUCCAGCACCUUCCAGCCAAAUACUUGCACAGCAGCACACGCAGAGCCUGAGGCUGGACACACCAAUAAAUCUUUAAGUGCUGACUCUGACCGAGAGCUUAAGCAGUGCAGUAAAGCAGAUACAGGAAAGGCUUUCAGAGAUCCUUUAUCUGAAAGCGUUACAGAAACGAUCCAUGGAGGGUCAGUAUCCAGGAGGACUGUCCCAGAGGACAGUAGUUUAAGUGGAAGUCAUCCACUGAGUGAAGAUCCAUGUAGAUUACCCUUAAAAAAGUGGGAGUCUGGUUAUCCAGACAGCCCUAUGAAUGUUCAUAUCCAAGUGAAUGGACAAAACCAAUGUUGCCCUAACUCAUACCAGGAGGAGCCUUUGGGUGUUCAUGCAGCUUGUUGCCAUUCUGUGGAAGUGCCAAUGUUACAGUCAUCUACUUCCCUCUCUGAAAACAAUACCAGUGAUGAUGAAUCUUUACUUGUUUGCUAAUAAAAAUUUUUGUUUUGUCCAUGUACAUUUUGUAGCUUCAUUGUUUUUGUGGCAGUGCACUUCGAUGGUAGGUGGUAUGUCUGUGCUCCCAACUUGCUCACUAAAAAUGAGUGUGCUUUAAUGCCACAGAGAGUGCAGUCAGGGCUAAAUGGGACAUGCUUAUGUCACUGUUGCUAUUCCUGAAACUGCAGUGGGGCACAAGUAGGCCAGUGUGUGAUGUUAUGGGCUGGGAGAACAGCAAUGUGUCACUGCAGUUUGGAGGCAUCUCAUUCUCUGGUAUUUCUUUUGUACUUUUGCUCAUUCUGCAUUCAGUGUUCCUUUGACUUUCAGUGGUCUUACUGAACUAGAGAACUCUGCUGGAACCUGGGGCAGACACCAGUCAUUGUUACUCUGAGUACUAAGCUACAAAUAACAUUGUCUUUUUAGGCAUAAUAAUUUAAUUAAAAUUUAAAUCAUUUUAAUUAAAAUGCUUAGGAGGAAUUAAAAUCCCUUUCUCUCUUAUGGAAACUGCUCACUUCUUUUGCUCCCUUCAGGAAUGUUUUGAUGGCCAUAUGAAUCUUAAAGCAUCCACUAAAUCCAAAUUUUCUGUGUGGAAUACCCAGAAUGAAACCAGGUGUCUUAGCUACUAAAGCUUUGUAAGCAGAGUUCAGUACAAGUGGAGUGCAUUGAACCUUAGUUGCAGCAAUAUUUCUUUCUGGCAUUGUCAUGUGUUGCCUUUUCUUCAUGCUGAUGUUGGGAGUGUUGCAGAAUUGUUUCCUCCUUCUCUACCCUUGGUCCUCUCCUCCCUUGUGUUUUUCUGAGUAAGCUGGUACCACUUUGAGAGUGCCUGAAGGACCCUGAGGCUUUCCAGCUCCUUGGGGCUGCACUGAGAAGUGCUGAGCCCUUGGUCAGGAUCAGACUUCUGGUUUAUUUUGAAAUAAAAUCUCUCUCAUAAAUUUACUUGUAAAUCUGCUACCUAAGUGCAGAUGUAUAAGCCAGUGGUUUUAUUUAUCUUUCAUUUUUAGAGAAUGUUAUUUUGCUUUUUUAUUUUUGUUCUUUUUUUUCUUUGAAGAACUGAAAUACUUUAGUGCCAUUUUUAAAGCUGAUAUUUUAUAGAUUGUACACACUUAAAUGUAAACUGGUGCCUUUUUGGUUUUUAGAGUUUAAUUAAAAGUAAACAAUUUGUUUACCUGUAAGAAUUGCUUAAUGAGGAGUCCCUGUAGAAUGCUACAACUCUGCUGGGUGAUGGCUUGGUCCUGUUGUGGUGGCCAGACUGUCCCUGCUCUGACAAGAGCUCUUCAAUUCCCCCCUGACACAGUGACACACAAAAAUGCUUUUUAAAGGAGGUCACCAGGAGGUUGAUGCUGCUGCUCUGUAAACAUCUGAGUGCUCCAAAACCUGUUUGUUGUUGUGGGAAUUCAGGUUGUGCAGAGUUAUUAACUGAACCUGUGAAAUUUGGCAUCUGUGGGCCUGAGUUGUGCUGCUCACAGGACUUUCCUGGCUGUAGAGGCAAACAGACUUCUGCAGUGAACAGUUUACAUCAAGGUGUCACAGAUUUUUUUCCUUUAAAUGGGCUAUAUUUUGCCCUGGAUCUUUCACUAGGACUUUCUUUGGGGGAGUGCCUUGAAAAACACAAGGAAUAGGACUUUUCCUACUAAAAUGUAAUACAGAAGAAUUAAGUAGAAGUGAUAUUCUUCCUCUUCUAUUGCAAGUUGGUUUCAUACUGUGCAUUCCAGAGUUAGAAGAUUCAAAUUCUUGAGGGCAUUAAUCCCAGGAAGGGCUUGUGGCAAAAUGCAUAACAAGAGUUGUAGUUGCAUUAAAUAAAUACUGCUCAUUAUUUUUUCCAGGUUCUUCUGUGAUCAGAACUCAUUUCAUGAAAGAAAAUGUACUUUUGAAAGAGAUCUUGCUUUCCUAGCAUUUGUAAGCAUUUUGGGUACAUUCCACUUUUUCAAGGCCAUGUACUGUAGUCAUUGCACUGCCAGAGUAUUGUUUCCAUCAAAGGCUAGUGUCUUUAUUUUUUUUUUGUCUAGAGGUAAUUUUAAAUCCAUAGUUUUGUAUAUCUAAGGUAGUUCAGUACAGCUAGGAGAAAGAGUAAAGAUUUGUUUUGUGUAGAUAUGAAGGACCUUAGAAAUACAUGUAUAUUUAUUUCUGUUACAGAAAAAUAUUUCUAUAAUAAAAGAAUGCUGAUCAUGCCAUGCCUCAAGCCAUCACCAUCAUAAGGCUCAUAAAACUGAAAUAUGUACUUCAGAGUACUGCUGUAUUUUGGGAGCAACCCUGAACAUCUAAGAUGUGUAACUUCAGAUUAUUUCUUAGGUGUACCAUACAUAUUUUGUGUAUUGAUUCAUUUGGUAACUCAGUGAAAAUUUUACUGAGAAGGUUUUACUUUCAGAAACUUAAAAAAAUCCAGGUUAAUGAAAAUUUGAUGUUGAACCAUGCAGAAGUAUCCACAGCCCUCAUUACUGGACUGUAUACAGCUUUGCAUCAAUGAGAAAUACAAGCCUGGUGCUCUUUGUAAGCACUGACUGCUGCAGGGCAGGUUUCUCUCCUAGCUCAUACCUUGGAAGGGAAGAGCCACAAAUUCAGUAUUAAUUUCACAGAAGAAAUCUCUCUGCACUGUGAGCACAAAGAGGUGCAGUGUCCUGGAAUGUCAAUACUUGUGUAAAUCACAAAGUCUGCCUUAGUGUGUGUGUGCCCUUCUGCCAUCUCCUGUAAGUGUUAAACAGGGAAUCUACCAUCCUUGAAGGCACCUCAGUUCUGGCUCAUAUAAACUGCCUCCCUGUAUUCAGAACUUCCUAAAAUUAGAAAAAAAAAGUGGAAAUACAACACUUUAAAGACUUUACAACCUUAAGUUAAUCGGCUAGUAAACUUUUCCAAAUUUUUGUUACUUUAACAAUGUUUAUCUGCAUUCUUUAAGGAUUUUUGUAGACAGGAUACAAAGUGUUUAAGCUGUUUGGUUGAUUUUGGUUUUUUAAGAUACAAAAUUCCCCUGUCCAAGCAAGCCAAACAAAAAAAACCCAACAACCCUUCUAAAAAACCCCUUUCCAAAAAACCCCUCUGAAUAGAGAAGAAUAGCUACUGGUUUAAAAAGAAUGCAAACUCAUAGGUAGCAUAAAGGGGAAAAGUGAUUCUCUUAAUAUUUCCUUUAUUGCUGUUAAAGCAGGGAAUAUUUCUGUUAGAAAUUCUGGUACCUUCCUGCUUGUCUAUUACUCUGCAACAUCCCUUAAACAUACUUGUUCUCUAUUUCUUGUUCUCUGGUUUUUUUUGGCUUUUUUGUUUGUUUUUGUGUUGUAUGUAUUGAUUUAUUUACAACAUUUUAUCAUAGUGUGUGUGCAGGCAGAUGAUUCAGGUAUGGCAUCAUGUUUGUCAGUGUCUGCUGCUGCUUCCUGGACUACUGAGCAAGAUACUGAGCCAGAAAGAUGCUGGGCAUCAUUGUGCUUUGCCUUGCUUUGGAUCUCUUAAUUUUUAAUAAAAUUUGACAUGCCCAGAG